CGCCUAUUUACUUGGCUAUUAAGUACUCAAGUCCAUACCUAAGUAGCCAUGCAGUCAUGCUGAUCGUCCAGUAGACGCCUGUGUGAGACUGUACGCAACGAUGUCUGUCUUUCGAGUCUAUCAGAUAUCCUACACGCUUCUGAGCCUAAGCAUCCGUCAAGACGCCUCGGUCACUCGGCCCCGUGCCCAGCCUUCCACGUGGCCUCCGCUCACCGCGCCACUGUGGCCCCGCCACACCUGUGACACCACGACGUCACUACCCCGCCACCAGCGUGCUUUUGUCGCGGUUCCCAGAGCUGCUUUUGCACCGUUCGCACCGUUCUCAUCCACCAGAUGGCGGCCCGCAUUCAUCACCUUGCGGCCGUUUCCCGGCGAUGGACCAGCAAUCCUCGACUAAUGCCAAACCUUCCUCCUACUCCUUCUCGAUCUACAUUCCGGGGCCUUCGUACUCGUCCUCGAGCAGUACCAGCGCCUCCUCCUAUUACUCCUACUGCUGGGGUGAAUCUAUCACCUGAGCAGCUGACCGCGCUCAAACUCGUCGGGGAGGGAAAGAACGUGUUUAUCACUGGCCGCGCCGGCACGGGAAAGUCUAAACUGAUCGCGGAGAUUCGGAUUCAAGCGUGGAACAGAGGACGGAAAUGUAUCGUUACUGCGCCUACUGGUGUUGCUGCACUGCUGGUGGGUGGGAAGACGCUGCAUUCGUGGCUUGGCGUGGGGCACGGUGACGAGCACUUUCAGCACUAUAUCGAUAAUUUAAAUCCCCCAUCGAGAUUAUCGUCACAGGAGAAGGAACGUGACGACUGGCAGCCUUGCUCGAAAGUCAAUUUGCUGAUAAUUGAUGAGAUAUCAAUGGUGAGUUUUCACAGUCGGGUUCGGUAACUGUCCCUUGUGUGGGUCUAUCUUGAUGGAUGGGUGAUACUAGGUGGGAUCCAAGUUGUGGUAUGCGGUGACUUUUUCCAGCUCCCGCCGGUGA